ACGGAGCGCUGUUGGCACUUACUCCAAUGUCUUUCCACACGCGUGUACCUUGAUAGUAUAGAAACUGACACGAGUGAAGCGGUCAAAUAAGAAUGAAGUGGCAAAUUUUAUUCGCAGUUUUUGCUGCAUUAUGUAUAAGCGUAUAUGGAGAGGAAGAAGAAGAAGCUGCCAGGUUGUUAGUAUCUAAACAAAUUCUUAACAAAUAUCUUGUAGAAAAUAUGGAUAUUAUAGUAAAGUACACAGUUUUCAACAUUGGUAAUGCAGCUGCAUUGGAAGUCGAAAUAACUGACAAUUCUUUCCAUCCCGAUCACUUCACUCAUGUAAGCGGAGAACUUAAUGCUAGAAUAGAUAGAGUACCACCUUACACAAAUGUGAGUCAUACAGUGGUUGUACGACCACGCAAAUUUGGAUACUUUAACUUUACAUCCGCUGAAGUUUUGUAUCGACGUAAGGAAGAUGCUUCUAGACUUCAAGUAGCUGUAAGCAGUGAACCCGGCGAAGGACUCAUCGUUUCGUUUAGAGAUUACGACAAACAAUUUUCAUCUCACGUGAUUGAUUGGGCCGGAUUCGCUAUAAUGACUUUACCGUCAUUAGCUAUUCCAUUUGCGUUGUGGUUUUCCAGCAAAAAUAAAUACGAGAAAUUGUUGAAAACUACUAAGAAACAUUAAGUGUGUGUGGGUUUUGUACAAAUAUUAAAUUAUAAAAUAAAAUUUAGGUAAUUUGUAAGAAGA